AGUGAUGUGAUGGCGAGCGGACUGGUAGCACCGUUGUGGCUUCUCUCUGCUCUUCUGCUAAAUACGGGACGGUCAUGUAAUGCCUACAAUGCCACUGACCCUUAUCUGACCGAAACGCGUCUUCGUCACCUGAUCGUGACAGGCAACGGUAUCUUCGACAUGCUGCGACGUCCUGCCAUUGCAUCCAACCAUUCUGUUGUUGUUGAUCUCGCGUUCAACAUGUACGCCCUCAUAUCAAUGGACGAGAAAGCACAGGUUAUGACUGGCGCGUCAUGGAUGAAAUUGACAUGGCACGACUACCGAGCUCGCUGGGAUCCAAUGGAUUAUGACAACAUCACUCACCUGUCACUGGGCCUCAGUGAAAUAUGGACGCCCAAGAUUCUUCUAACCAACGAGGCAGGUGACAUGAUUCAAAACCCCGUUCCCGAAAGCGUCUUUUUAGCCCUGCUGAAGUGGGAUGGAACAGUCGACCUACAAGGUCCAGUUAUCCACAAGACACAUUGCGGGAUGAAACUCUCAGAGUUCCCCUUCGAUCGGCAGAGCUGCUGGCUGAUUUUUGCGUCCCAGAACAUGCCGAAGGACAUGAUGACUCUUCGUCCCGGCGCCAGCCAAGUGGAUAAUCUGGAGAUACCCAGUCAGUGGCGACCCCUCAGACUGACCGGCCUAGUGACUGAAUAUGUCUUUGAUUCACAAACCUACGAGGCAUUAGUUUUGGAAUUCACCGCCGAGCGGCUGCCGCACUACAACCUGAUGAAUGUGGCCCUGCCGUCGAUUACUAUGGCGUUCAUCUCGCUCUGGGUGUUCUGGCUACCUCCAGAGAGUGGCGAGAAAGUUUCUAUGGCCGUGUCCAUCUUGCUUGGCCAGGCCGUCCUCUGGCUGGUCGUGAUCGAGUCUCUGCCGCCCACGGGUGGCCAAGGCACGCCGAUCCUACUGAGCAGCAUCGAGUGUAACUUCCUCGUGGGCGGCCUGGCAAUCCUGCUCAGCGUGGUCACGGUCAGAGUGCACCACCGGCCCGGGCCGUUACGUGGGCGCCUGCUCCGGACGGUGUUUCUCCGCGUUCUGCCCAUGGUCGUGUGCGUGGCGCGUGGGAGGGAAAAGGUUUGCGGGAGUGACUCGCAAACUCUGACAGACGGGAAGUGCACUCACACGGUGGACGAAGACUCGGUGGAGACGCUGACCCUACCAGACGGGAAAGCUCAGAGCGUCACGAGAAGCACAGAGGAUAGAUUCUUCGUCAAGGUUGCCGAAUUGAAAUUACACGAAGACCCCCAGAGUUGCUCCAAAGCCAUCAAAGACGAAAAUGAUUCAGACGAUAUGAAGCUGGUUGCAGCAGCGCUAGAUCGCUUCUUCUUCGUGAUUGCGGCAGUUUUGUUCAUUUACGGCAAUCUUCCUCUGAUUGUAAAAUGGAUGUUCAUGUAAAAACAAAAUAGCUGCGACAUAUAGGAAUGCGUCAUCAUAGUCUGAGAUAACGCAUCAGGUUCAGUUCCUGUGUUUAAAGUGGUCAUUCUUUAGGAAUGUUCUAAACACAAAUGUAGUGGAACAUUUUUAUGAGGUGUUUUAUGAGAAAGUUUUGUGAACAUUGUGUGAUUUUAUUAAAAACAAUUUAUUAAAAUGUGUAAAAUUCCGCAACUUAAAAAUGUAAUGAGUUAUUUGAAUGAGUGUUGUACUAAACGGUAGCUUUUAAACUGGACUUUCAUGUCCUAGAUUUUGACAGUGCUAUACAUGCAGAACUACACUUAUACAAUGGUCCCGGAUUUUUUUUGUUUUUGUUUUUUGCACUUACACUGUAUUAUAUUUUACAUAAAGGUAGGAAUCUUAUUUGAAAGUGCUUUUAAAAAAUGACUAUAAUACUAGGUGUUUCUCUUUGUAUCUUAUUCGUAGUCUCAUUCCUCUACGCUUGCGGCGUCUCUUGCCAGGCAUGCUUGGUUCUAUCCGAUGUUGAUUUAUCUCUUAUCCGUGUGAAUUCAGGCAAGUAAACGGGUACAUUAUAGAGACAUUGCAUGACACAUCAGUGUUAAUUGAAUAUUUUGCCAGAUGUUUGCAAUCGAGUAGAUGGUAAGGAUGGAUGGUGAGCUCACUAUGUAAAAAUAGGGACUCAAAAUAUGCAGCAAGAGCUACAUACCCUGUGUGUGGUUUUGCAACAGAAUGCGAAGAAUAAUAAAGGAACCAGUCUCUAAAAGGAAUUGUCUGAAUUGUCUGAGACAAAUUCUUUCUUCAGUUCCUCUGAUCUGAUAUCAAUUCAGAUCGACUGAGA